ACCCUUAAUGAUCCCAACAUGACGUGAAUUUUCAAUCAUUCCCAGCCCAAAUUCGACCGACUCAGCUGCCGCUUGUAGACUCACAACGCACAUCCCAACCUUUCCCUCUCGUUUCAGUCCCUGGUAGUUCCCAGGCAUGGUGUAAAGGAAGUAGAAAAGAAUACGUAAGAGGAUAAAAGAUGGAAGAAGAGACAGUGGAAAGGAAGAAGUUGGGAUGUUACGCGGGGAAGGUGACAGUGUUGGAAUGGGAGACAGAAUCAGGGGCUGCGGAGGAGACGAUGCUGCUUUGGGGAAUCCAACAGCCUACUCUCUCCAAACAAAACGCUUUCGUUUCCCAGUCUUCUCUCCAACUCCGCCUUGACGCUUGCGGCUACUCUCUCUCCAUUCUCCAGUCUCCUUCUUCCUUGGGCAAACCUGGAGUAACUGGAGCAGUGAUGUGGGAUAGUGGAGUUGUAUUAGGGAAGUUUCUGGAGCAUGCUGUGGACUUGGGGAUGCUUGUUCUUCAAGGCAAGAAGGUCAUCGAAUUGGGCUCUGGCUGUGGAUUAGUUGGUUGCAUUGCAGCUCUUCUAGGUUCUCAAGUUGUCCUCACUGAUCUGCCUGAUAGACUGAGGCUGCUAAAAAAGAAUGUUGAAACCAACUUAAGACAUGGAGUGCGGGGUUCUGCUGCUGUAAAGGAGCUCACUUGGGGAGAUGACCCUGACCAUGAUUUGAUUGAACCUCCACCUGAUUAUGUGCUAGGGUCAGAUGUGAUCUAUAGUGAAGGAGCAGUUGUGGAUUUAUUGGACACCCUUCUACAUCUAUGUGGGACACAAACAACAGUAUUUUUGUCUGGAGAACUUCGAAAUGAUGCUGUCCUUGAAUGCUUUUUAGAAGCUGCAGUGAAAGACUUUGUGGUUGGGCGUGUUGAUCAGUCACAGUGGCAUCCAGAAUAUUGUAGUCGCAGGGUUGUGAUGUACAUCCUGGUGAAGAAAUGAGGUGCUGAGUUGCGGAUACCAAGAGACAGGUCUGGCCAAAAAGAUAAUAAAGACGAAAAAAGAUGAGAAUUAGUUACAGGCAGCAGCCGGCUUUCUUCUUCACGAUACGAGGCUAGCCAUGAAUGAACAGUUGCGUGAUCUGUGCUGUGCUUGCUUCAUAUUCCAAGAAACGUCAGACCCCGUAUAUUUACGUUGGCUUUUACCCAAGGAAAAGGAGAAGAGAGGUGCCAUUGGUGUCCAAGGAUGGUAAGUGAUUGUUCAACGACUUGAAAAGCAGCAUAUUUUUAUACUCUCUCUGCCCACCUCAUCUGUUGUGUGCAGGUGUUGGUGGAUGAUUGUAGAACAUGUUACGUAGGAUAUCCCCAGAUACUUGCUGCCAUGUUUUCUUCUCGUUAAGUGUUUUUUCGUUCACGAAUUCUCAAGGCAUCUUUUGAUUUUGGACAAACCGAGAUGACAACACGUCCUGGCCUCGUCUCGUUUUUUGCUUCCACAAAUAUUAUUAC